AUGCCUUGUCCUUUCAGCGGGUUGGUGAGGGACAGCAAUUUGCGUGCGGUUCAACAGGUCCGCCUGCAGUGCACGGAGGGCUCGGUCGAAUGGAUAUACCCGAGCCGCGCCUUGCGGGUGGUCCUGGAACCGGUCCACAGGGCACGACACACCACCGUCUGCAUCAAGCCCUUUCGUGGCUUCCAAGGAGCUAGUCUGUUCAUCGAGCACGCCGGAGAGCUGGACCUCUUGAUGGCCGAUGAUGAGCGGUCGGAGCAAGUGCACUGCUACCGCCCAGAUGGACGUCACAAAUCCGCCCUUUUCAUUCAAGCUAAUCCACAAGGAGACAUCAGUCGCCGGACUGUGGGCUUCCAUUACGAGUUCCUCAGAAAACGGAGCUCCGUAGCGAGGCUGCGAAGGCCUCCUCAGACUGCCUGCCAACCGUGCAACAACACAGAACUUCUGCUGGCCAUCUGCAACAGUGAUUUCGUCAUCCGUGGCUCCAUCCUGAACGUAUCCCACGAUGCCGUGCGGCAGAUGUCUGUGGUGGAAGUGCAGGGCGGGCGCGUGUAUCGGCAGCGGAGUGGCGUGUUCGAGCGGGAGGAGGGCCCCCACACCACGAGUUGGCGCGGGUACAUCCACACCUUGUUGGCCUGCCACGUGAGGCCAGGGGACGGCCUGUUCCUCUUCACCGGCUCCGAGCACUUUGGGGAGGCCUGGCUCGGCUGUGCCCCCAGGUUCAGGGACUUCCUAGUCCUGUACCACAGAGCCAUGAGGGACGGCCAGAACCCCUGCGACUUUCCCCUGGAUUAACCACUCAUCUCCAGAGGUUUGCUGGUGUACACUGUGGACCAACUGAAAUUUAAUGAUCUUGGACAACAAAGGAGUAACUCUUCUAGACCUUUCUGCGUUUUCAUCUGGUGCAUCAAAACUGAAGAGGAAAACCCAAAGCAACACAAAUGCAGUCUUUUCUUGAUCUUUAAUCAGUGCACAACAUUUAAAGAGACUAAUGUUUUGACACAAGUCCAUCUUCAUCAGACUCUCUGAUGAGGUCUCUGAUGAAGUUGGUUUUGACUUUGCAUUCAUUUUGAACCACCAUCUCAACAUCAUAGUCCUGGGUUUUCAUCUUUGGAGCUCCUGAAUGGUAGGGAUCUACCUCCCUUAGUGGCGAUUUCCAUCCCAACUCUGCUAAAGGCCACUUCUGAUGGUUGAUGGACUAGAAUCUGUGGUCCACUCAUUUGCCUUGCUUGGACCAGGGAUGGCAUUUGUCUACACUCAGAGCAAACAUACAGGCAAAUGUUUUUUGUUUUCCUUUCAGAAGAAACUGAAAAUCAAGCACUGUGCGUGGAUGACUUAAAUGAACUCUGUUUUCAUCACAAAAAAAUCUAUGAAGAACUGAGACAAAGGACUAUUAGCACAGUGGUGCUGCGGACACAGUGUUAUAACCUGUGUACUGUAUGUAUGAUGUACUAAUGGGAUUACAUUGCUUGAAUUUCAUUUCAAUGACUGAAUUACUUUUGUUUGCGUACGCGGGCGUGUGUGUGUGUGUGUGUGUGUGUGUGUGUGAGAGAGAGAGAGAGAGAGAGAGAGAGAGAGAGAGAGAGAGAGAGAUCCGAACACAAUGAGCUACACCAUUUAAAAAAAGGAAUACAGGGUACAACAUGAUAAAGUUAAGAUAAAGGCUGGGUGUUGACUCAGUAGAAGUUAUUUUACUUCAUGAUUGUCUUCUUUUUAAACUUUUUAAAGAUAUUGUUUAGAUGUUAAGUUAUUGCAUUAAGCGUCAUGAGAGAAUGACCGUUCAUAGCAGUGUGGUUUCUUGAUUUUCUUCUUCCCAGGUUCUAAGGAGACGUUAUUCCCUGACAGAGAGGAAUAUUGAUUUUCACAGGGUUUUGUUGGGUGCAUGUAUUGUUCAGCUCAUUAACAAAGGGACCAACUCACAUUUACUAAGGUUUUUAUUCAGAACAAAGCAGUGUUAAGGAGGAGCUGUUGUUCACCGCACUGAUUUAUCACCUGUAUUGUUCAGUCUCAUCGUGUUAUCCAGGUUUGAUUUUGUUAUACAUGUUCAUGGGCUGAUACUUUUGCCAAUGUGUUUAAACGGGUCUUAGUCAGCUAUAUUUGGUGCUAUCUGUGAAUGAUGAAGGCAGAGACAUAAUUAAAUGAUAUCAAGGCAAUUUCAUUCUUCAUGUGGUUAAGACAACACACAAUGCUUAUUUUUCUUUUCACUUUCCACAGGAAGACCACAGAAACUAAACAGACAAUGUGCUUUGGUCAGUCAGUCCUACAUCAUUCAUGUUAAAUGUUUUGAUAUAUAGCGAAACAUGAAAUUAUUAAAAGGAAA